AUGAUUGCCAGUCCUCCUCCCGCAGGCGUCUACGUGCCUGUCCCGACCUUCUUCGUCUCACGUACAGCUCAGAAUUAUAAUGCCGUUGCCGCACCACUGGAUCUGGAGACACAAGCCAGACACUCACUCCACCUCGCCAAAUCGGGGAUUACAGGCUUGGUCCUACUUGGCAGCACGGGAGAAGCGGUCCAUUUGAGUGAUAAAGAAAGAUUCGAAGUUCUCAGUGCCGUAAGAAAGGCGUUCGAUGGGGGAGGCUUCAAGGAGUAUCCCCUCAUUGCCGGGACAGCGGCCCAGAAUAUCGAGGUGGUGGUGGAGCAGCUGAAAAGUGCGAAGGAAGCGGGGUGUCAGUGGGGCCUUUGUCUUGUCCCGGGAUACUUUGCGGGUGCGAGCACCCAGCAAGGAAUCAUUCAAUGGUUUACUGCUGUUGCGGACCAGAGUCCGAUUCCUGUCAUGAUGCGAGUUCUCCCCCCUUUUCAAUUUAAUCUGGUGGUUCGCUUACAAUGUUUUAGUUACCAUUACCCUGGAGUUUCGAACAACGUCAAAGUUGUUCCGUCUACCUACGCCAUACUCUCAAAACACCCGAAUAUCGUUGGCUGCAAGCUGUCCCAUGGAGAUGUCUCGUAUCAUGCUCAGAUUGGAGCGAAUCCCAAUAUUGAUAAUACGAAAUUCCAUACCUUUACAGGAUUGGGACAGCAACUUUUGCCAGUUCUUGCUUUGGGAUGUGCCGGAGCUAUUGAUGGAACUGCGGGCUUCUUCCCAAAAUCUGUAGUGCAUUUGUAUAAUCUUUCUGUUAAGAAUGCACCCACCGAGGAGGAGGUUAAGGAGAGGAGACUGUUACAAUAUAAACUUAGCGUGGUUGAGGAACUUGUGGUCAAGUUUGGCACAGUGGGAAUCAAGGAGGCAGUAAGUCGAGUAUUGGGAAUGGGAGAUAGAGAAGGGACGAGGUUGCCGCUCACUGGAGGGAUUCCGGGCGGGGACAAGGAAUGGGAUAAUUGGAAAGAAGCUAUGGAUGACUUAGAAGCUGUGGAAAAGAGUGUUUAG